AUGGUAGGAUACGCUGCAGUUGUCGCUUUACUGGCAGCGGCGCCUCUCUGCGCGGCGCAAAUUAAACGAGCCGACUACUCAGCAGCGGCGGCGACUACGUUCUGGUACGCCAAUCUGGACCACACCGGCCCGUACAAGGGAGACGCCCCGGAUCUCGACACCAACCACACGUACCCGGUCUUCAAAUCCGUGAGCCCCGGCGCUACGGCCGUCGAGAUCCAGGCCGCCAUCAACGACAAUGGCAACGGUGGUAAGCGCCACUCGCAAUGGCUCGCGUCCGAGCCGAGGGUUGUGUACAUACCGCCGGGCACCUAUACGAUCAACCAGACCAUCUACAUGAACACGGACACCAUUCUGAUGGGCGAUGCCGCGGAGCCUCCUGUGUUCAAGGCCGCCGCUGGCGGGUUCACUGAGGACCAAACGCUGCUCUCCGGCCAGGAUCCCGGCACCGGCAUUUCUGGAGAAUUAUCAUUCGCCGUUGGCUUGAAGAACAUCAUUCUCGACACGUCUGAUAUCGACGGAGGAACUUCUUUCACCGCGCUCUGGUGGGGAGUCGCCCAGGCCUGCCAGCUGCAGAAUGUGAAAAUCACCAUGGCAUACUCCGUCAACGGUACUGGCCACAGCGGAAUUCGGCUGGGACGAGGCUCGACUCUCGGGCUCUCGGACGUGCACAUCGAGCGCGGACAGAACGGUAUAUACCACAACGGGCACCAGCAGGCCGCCUACAAGAGCAUCUACUUCAAGGAGAACACGGUCGGCAUGCUGAUCGACGGUGGCAACACCAUCAGCCUCAUCGCACCGACGUUUGAGAGCGUCGGCUUCGCGGUCUCGUGCACGGGCGGCUCGCCCUGGGUGGCCAUCGUCGACGCCAAGUCCAUCAACUCGGGCGUCACCUUCAACACGAGCGUGUACCCGUCCUUCCUGAUCGAGAACCUGGACAAGGACACGGACUCUGACGUCGCCGUCAACCUCGACGGGACCCUGCUCGGCGCCGCCCGCCACGUGGACCAGUUCUCGUACGCCAACACGGUGGACCGCGACCCGAUCUACGGGGCCGUCAACUCCUCCAACACCCGCCCGGCCGCACUCGCGCCCGGAGGCCGCUACCCGGUGAUCCCGGCGCCCAACUAUGCGACGAACCCAGUCUCCGACUUCAUCAACAUCAAGGAUCCGUCCCAAAACGGCGGGCAUGUCGUCCGUGGGGACAAUACCGUCGACGAGGCGGGCGUCCUCAACCAGAUCCUGCAGUUCGCAGCGGAGAAGGGCAAGAUUGCCUACUUCCCCUUUGGCAAGUACCGCGUCGAAUCCACCGUCCACAUCCCCGUGGGCUCCCGCAUCGUCGGCGAGGCGUGGGCCACCAUCACGGGCGCGGGCGACUUCUUCAAGGACUCAGCCAGCCCGCAGCCCAUCGUCAUGGUCGGCAACCCGGGAGACGUCGGCACGGCGCAGAUCCAGGACAUGCGCUUCACCGUCUCGGACGUGCUCCCGGGCGCCAUCGUGCUGCAGUUCCACAUGGCGGGCGCGGCGGCGGGCGACGUGGGCCUCUGGAACUCGCUGGUGACCAUCGGCGGCACGCGGGGCGCCGAGGGCCUGACGUCGAGCUGCAACGACGCGGCGGCCGAGUGCCGGGCGGCGUUCCUGGGCCUGCACUUCGCGGCGACGUCGUCGGCGUACGUCGAGAACGUGUGGAACUGGGUGGCGGACCACAUCACGGAGGACUUUGCGGGCGGGUCCAACAUCGCGGCCAAGGGCGGCGCGCUGGUGCAGGCGACGCGCGGCACGUGGCUGCACGCCCUGGGCAGCGAGCACUGGUGGCUGUACCAGCUCAACCUGCACGGCGCCGCCAACGUCUUCGUCAGCCAGCUGCAGUCCGAGACCAACUACGACCAGGGCGACAACGUGCGGCAGCUGCCGCCCGCGCCCUGGACGCCCGACACGGGCGCCGCCUGGGGCGACCCGGACUUCAACGCCCUGUGCGACGCCGCCGACGCGCGCUGCCGCAUGGGCCUGGCCAACCUGUUCCAGGGCGGCGAGAACAUCUACACGUACGCGUCGGCGUCGUGGGUCUUCUUCAGCGGGCCUGGGUACCAGUCCUGCACGGAUGGAUGCCAAGAUUAUCUGCACUGGGUCGUAGAGACGCCUUCCAACUUCCAGGCUUUUGGUCUGUGCUCCAAGGAUACCCGAGCGCCGCUGCGUCUCGCGAAUGGCACAGAGAUUUUGACGGCGAACGGGUUCACCGGGUCCUGGGGCGGCAGUAUUGGGAGGUAUACGCCGUAA